AUGCGCAUUAAGAAUAGAAUAUGCUGCAAGGAAAGUUUGUCAGUAUCAUCGGAAUCAGAUGAAAAAUAUAAAAUUCGCCGAUCGAACUCAAAGCGUCAGAGAAUGGCUCAACACGCCACCUCCACCAACGGCAAGAACCAAGAAAGGGGCCUUCCAGUGACUUCGACAAAAAACUCAGGAGUUCUAUCAUGGUUUCUGAGUUUUUUUGGCGCGAGGAAGGGACGAGGACCUGCCCUGAAAAGCAAAAAUGGCAGCGAACCGGAACUUGGGAGAAGCUGCGGAAAAGAUAAAUCCGAAAAGGGCUCACUCCGAAAGUCAGUGUCAGAUCUACUAGAAGAGUUUAACCAGCCGAAGAAGGCCAUGUCCAAAGCUAAAUCUGGACAAACAGGAGAGCAGAGAACAACAAACAAUAAUGCCGAAGCUACUAGCAACAAAGCAACUGUAAUUGCUUGUCAGUCGCAAAAGGAAGAGGAAAGCUCCAGCCAGGAAAACUUAUUGGGCGCGAAGUCAGAGGUCGUCAGCCAGAGUAGUAGCAUAAAUAACAGCGAAAACGAGGAGAGCAAGCCAAACAAAAUGGAAAUUCUCGCAAAAAAACUCGACAAAAUCAAUCUCCAAACAGCAGAGAACAUCAAGCGCGGCAUCCAGAUGAAGGAAACUACGCUCGAGCAAAAUGCUGACAGAACAAAUAAAGCUUCAGAAGAGAGUCUUGAGAAGUCAGCUGAGGAAGCAGACAAAAUGUCCACCUCAUCGUCGCCAGAAAACGUCGAGCAGCCCAAAAAAUCAGUAAAGGCAUUAGGAGCACUGCUACAAAUGAAAGGUCCACUGCCAAUGCCAGGAAUGGCCGGUUUGGGAGGCCCUCCUCCAUCGCUAAGAAAAAAAUCCACACUGCCCAGAAGUGAGAAUGGUGAAAAGUGCCUUGAGCAAGAAGAUGAUAAAGACAAGAAAAAUACAGUUCCGGAGGACCAAUUUACCUCAGAAAAGCUCAAGGUCAAUCUCCGUCAAAGGGCGACGAAAAUAAAACGACCAGUUUCAAGAAAAUUUCGAAACAGUAUGCAAUUGACCGAAAUGGAAAUGCUCGAAGAUUGA